AUGGGCAACUCGACCAUCACGCCGCACAUCAAGGCCGCUGGCGAGAGCGGUCGGCGCGGCUUCUCGCCUGUGCAGUUCAUUCAAGUCUGCGCCAGGUCAUCGUGCAAGGCCUCUGCCGCCGUCAACAUCCUCUGGCCCUUCGUUCCCGCCGCCAUAGCCGUGCGCUAUGCCACCGACAACCAUCUGGUCAUCUUCAUCCUGGCUUACAUCGCCAUGGUGCCGUGUGCCAAUCUCAUCGGCUUCGCUGGGCAGGAGUUUGGCCGCAAGAUGCCUCACGUCCUUGGCGUGCUCAUCGAGACUACCUUCGGUUCCGUCGUGGAGAUCAUCCUCUUCCUUGUGCUCUUGAAACAGAAUGACUACCAAGAGAAUGUUAUCAAGGCUGCCAUCCUCGGAUCCAUCCUCGCCAACAUGCUGCUCUGCCUCGGCCUCUGCUUCUUCGUCUCGGGUAUGCGCCGCGACGAGUCUCACUUCAACGAGGCCGUCAGCGAGGCCGGUACAGGCCUCCUGCUGACCGCCGGCUUCGGUCUUGCCGUGCCUACCGUCUUUGCGAAUGCAUUGUCGGGCACCAUUGCGGACGAGGUCUUGUUCAACGAACGCGUCCUCUCCAUCUCACGGGUGACGGCCAUCGCGCUGAUGGUCGCCUACUUCGUCUACGUGUGGUUUAUGGGCCGGACGCACCACGGCAUCUACGAGGCCAUCUUCGAGUUCGACGAGGAGCGCGACCAUGACCGCCACAAGGAUGCCCUCAAGGACAAGCUCACACUCUCCGAGUGCAUCAUCGCUCUCAUUGUGUCUAUCGCUCUGGUCACUGUCAUUGCCAUCGCCUUGGUCCAGCAGAUCCCUUAUAUCGUGGAGAACCACGGCGUUUCCGACUCCUUUAUGGGUCUCAUCCUCGUGCCCCUCGUUGAGAAGGCCGCCGAGCACCUCACCGCUGUCGACGAGGCCUGGGACAACCAGAUGAACUUUGCGUUGUCGCACGUCCUGGGCGCGACCCUGCAGACCGCCCUUUUCAACGGCCCCCUGGUUGUUAUCGCCGGCUGGGGCCUGGACAAGGAGAUGGGCCUGGACUUUGACACCUUCAACAUGACGGUGCUCAUCCUCGCCAUCCUCACCGUCGGCAACUUCCUGCGGGACCAGAAGAGCAACUACCUCGAGGGCGCACUCUGCGUGAUUGUGUAUAUCAUCGUCGCUGCUGCCGCCUUCUUUAAUCCGACCCCUGGCGAGAGCACGAGCGAGUAG